AGGCUCCAUUCUUACCAUAUGACUUCCCCGCUGUAACGUUUUCUCCUUAAAUAUUAAUUUUCUCCACCAAAGCCACACAUUUGUACCACAUAAAUAUUCAAGAGGCUGUAAUCGUCUUUAACGUGCUUCGUGUGUGUAUUAGAAUAAACGUAAUAAUUUUAUUAAAAUGGCCAUCAUCCAGUCAGUGAUGGACUGACAGUUGGCAGUGAGCCUUUCGCGCUUUCAGCACUUUUUUAUCAUUUUCUGUUCCUCAAACUAAAAAAAACAAAUGUGCUUUUUGACGCAAUCAUUUUACGCUGGACAAUUUAAUCAAAUAACACGAUUUAACUGUUUUUCUAACUGACGUGGCAUAGCGUCACGGCAUGGGCGUGGUCUGACAAUUGUCAACAUGAUGACAUAACCAGUUUCACCAAAAUGGCGACGGCGGAGCAGAGAGAAGUGGGUCAGGACGACCCAGAGGGUGAUGAGGAGGUCUACGAGGUUGUGGACCUGACGGAGUACGCCAGGCGGCACCAAUGGUGGAGCAGAGUGUUCGGCAACAGCUCCGGCCCCAUUGCUGAAAAGUACUCAGUGGCAACCCAGCUCGUAAUGGGAGGGGUGACUGGAUGGUGUGCCGGCUAUGUUUUCCAAAGGGUCGGGAAAAUCGCAGCUACUGCCGUUGGUGGAGGGUUCCUCCUGUUGCAGGUAAGAACACGGGAACGCCGUGUUUACGUAAUCCCGACGAUGCCGGCUGCAUCACUUGCCGCUCAGCUGGUCACAUCUACAGAGCAGAACCACGAGCCACCUGGACUGUCCAACGGCAUCGUCACAAACACCGUUCACUUCACUGGUAGUCUAAAUGUGGACUGGAAGAAGGUGGAGAAGGACGUAAACAAGGCCAAGAAGCACCUGAAGAAGAAAGCCGACAAAGCAGCUCCUGAAAUAAACACAUUCAUUGAGGAGGUAAAGGCCACAGACUUCAUAAAGAGAAACAUCGUCCUGUCCAGCGGGUUUGUCGGAGGGUUCUUCCUGGGAUUAGCCUCCUAACGCCGCUGCACGCCUCGUCCCACUCAUUUACUGUUGAUCCCAUCACUACACUGCUCUGGUUGCUUUCCACUGGUUACCUCUUUGCCCCAUUGAUUUUUCACUUAAUAAGGAAGGGGUUAGUCGUCUCAGAUCCCUCUGCUGGAAUCCUGCACAUUUAGAUUUCUGGAAUGUACCGCGAGUUAUUUUGGUUUUGGUUUUCCAGACGUGAGCACGUCAAGCUGCCUCCAACCAGCAGAUUCCAAGUCUGUUAUUGGAAUUUUCUUGCCAAAAUCAAAAGUGACUUCUUAAGUAGCUGUAAACUUUGUGAAGAAUGGUAUUAGGUUGAAAUUUCAAAAUGAAUAUUUAAAUGAAAACCUGUAAUUUACUCAGGUCUGCGAUGCUUUUUAUGACCAGCUGGUUAGCGGCGGUUAAACGACAUCUUGGAGCCGUGAUCGUAACUCACAAUCGCUGUCAUCUAGAUGUAAUGAUGGUAGCGGGGCUCUAUUAAUUAACUCAGUCUAGUAUAAGAUUAACUUCAAGUUGCUUUAUUCUCGCUUUUUUUUUUUUUUUACCAGUUUUCUAAAGGUUUGUUUUUUGUGUUAAAAAGUUUAUUUUGCCUGUUUAUGUUUUAAUUUAUUAUUUGAUAAAACUGUUUGAGAUGUUUCCAUUUGUUUGUCUUUUAUGAAAUAAAGUUGCUGGAAUUUGGUGAACAGUC